AUGGGCAACCUUAACCUUCCAUCUCUUCUCUUGGCACUUGCAGCCACCGUCUCGGCUCACGGCCAUGUGGACUGGCUUGUGGUCGACGGUGCUGUUGCCUACCGCGGUUGGGAUUCUCCCGCCUUCACCUACUCUGCUCCCACAUACCCCGUCGUUGGCUGGAAGAUCGACGUCCCUGACAAUGGAUUUGUUGAGCCCGCCAAUUUCGGCACCAGCGACAUCAUUUGCCACAAGAACGGCAGCCCGGCAGGCGGCCAUGCCACCGUGCCUGCCGGAGCCAAGAUCCAGCUCAUCUGGAACACAUGGCCCGACUCGCACAAGGGUCCCGUCAUUGACUACCUCGCCAAGUGCAACGGAGACUGUGAAACUGUCGACAAAACUUCGCUGAACUUCUUCAAAAUUGGCGCUGGUGGCGUUGUCGACAUGUCGCUCUCGAACGGCAAGUGGGCUGAUGAUGUGCUAAUUGGCAACGGCUUCACCUGGACUCUUCAGAUUCCGGCCGACCUUGCCCCCGGGAACUACGUUCUCCGCCAUGAGAUAAUUGCUCUGCACUCCGGAGGGAACCCCAAUGGCGCUCAGGCGUACCCCCAAUGUUUCAACCUACAAGUCACCGGCGGCGGCUCUCUCGCCCCCGCCGGCGUCAAGGGUACUUCGCUAUACAAGGCCAACGACCCCGGCGUCCUCUUCAACAUCUAUACCAGCCCUCUAGUCUACCCGAUGCCGGGCCCUACGCUCGUAGCAGGCCUCCCGUCAACGGUCGCCCAGAGUGCCGUCCGACCGAUAGCGACAUCAAGCGCCACGCCUCCUGGAGGCAACCCUGGCAACGGUGGAGGCGGCGGCGCCACUACGACACUGCGGACGACUACCGGGCCAGCGCCGGUGACUACCACUAGAGCCGCAACAACCACGACAAGUGCUCCCGGCGGCGGCGGCGGCGGCGCAACUGUGCCCAAGUACGGCCAGUGCGGUGGCCAGGGGUGGUCCGGCCCGACGACCUGUGCCUCUGGAUCUACCUGUCAAGCUCUGAAUGACUUCUACUCCCAGUGUGUCUAG